CUGGUAUGGCAGUCUGCAUCUGGCUGUGGUUCGGGAAAGGGUCCUCGCCACUCUCUUCCUGAGUGCUGUGCUAGUGAGUGUGGCAGACUGGACCAUAGCCACAGCAUCAGUGCAUCAUCACCUGACACAGCGAGGAUUAAAUCCACAGUUCGAUUUUGAUUCUGGUGUUGAGAGCUAAAGUCUCUUUCCUCAGAAAGCUUCGCGUUAAAAGCACUAAGGUGUCUCGUGGAGAAUGACUGCUUGAUCAUCGCCAGGAGAAAUCGUCAAGGCGAGCGGCAGCGGACCGACGUCAGCAGAAGUCAGCGGAAAGCCAAGGGAGGAGAGAGAAGAGCGGGGAAAAUCGUGUCCUGCCUUCACCGCCGUCAACGUAAAUUGAGGCAGUCCAUUGUCUGCAGGCCCAGUAUUUUUUCUCUCUCUCCAUUUCUUCAUGUGUUGCCCCGUUCGCUGAUCCCGCCGCCAUGAAGAUUACAUAUUUACUCGGAUUAUGUAUAUUAUUCCUGUUUGUGAUAGUAUGUCCAGGUUUAUCGGAGGAACAAGGCGUAGUCGAGGAGGACCAGAUCCUGCAGCAGGACACGGAGGAGAUGCUGGCGGACGAGCCGGCGGACGAGAGUGACGGGAACAACGAAGGCGCCAAAGGAGGCGGAAACGACGUCAACGACGAAGAUGACGACGAAACAGAGGAGCAGAACGAGGACGAGCUACAGUCCGACGAUCCGAAGGGAUUCAAACGGGGACGAGGCAGGAGCAAGUCGUACCGCACUUCGCUGUCCAGCACGAGGGUCAUCCGGCCAGGACGAGACGAAGGUCAUGGUGGCAGAGUGAGAACGGAAAGGAAGACAGCAGUGUCCGCCUAGACUUGGAAGCCGAAUUCCACUUCACACAUCUUAUAAUUACAUUCAGGACUUUCCGUCCAUCUGCUAUGCUUAUUGAGAGAUCUUUUGAUUUUGGUAAAACAUGGAAGGUUUAUAGAUACUUUGCUUAUGACUGUAAUGAAGCCUUCCCAGGCAUUCCAACUGGCCCACCUUCAGCUAUCAACGAUGUGGUUUGUGAAUCUCGUUACUCUGCAGUUGAGCCAUCUACAGAAGGAGAGGUUAUCUUCCGAGUUUUGGCACCAAAUAUUGAGAUUGAAAAUCCAUACAGUGAAGAUGUUCAAAAUCUCUUGAAGAUAACCAAUUUGCGUGUGAACUUCACAAAACUUCACACACUUGGUGAUCAGUUACUGGACAACAGACGAGAGAUUAAGGAGAAAUAUUACUAUGCCAUUUAUGAGAUGGUUGUAAGAGGUUCGUGUUCCUGCUAUGGUCAUGCUUCCCGCUGCUUACCCCUGCCAGGUGUUGAAGAUCGCCCUGAUAUGGUCCAUGGACGCUGUGAGUGCACUCAUAACACAAAGGGUUUGAACUGUGAAGAGUGCGAGGAUUUCUACAAUGAUCUGCCAUGGAGACCAGCCAUUGAAAAGGAAUCCAAUGCAUGUAAAAAGUGUAACUGCAAUAACCAUGCCACGAGAUGCCACUUUGACCCAGAUGUAUAUGAGAGCUCUGGACGCAUAUCAGGAGGUGUCUGUGAUGACUGUGCACACAACACUUAUGGGCGUAACUGUGAGCAGUGUAUCCCAUACUAUUAUCAGGAUCCUGCCAGAGACAUCCGAGAUGCUGAUAUUUGCCAACCCUGUAACUGUGACACUCGCGGAUCAAUAGACGAUGCCAUUUGCGACUCCCACACUGAUGUUCCUGCUGGACUGCUAGCUGGAAGGUGCCACUGUAAGACUAAUGUUGAUGGCCUGAAGUGUGAUCAUUGCAAGGCUGGUUACUGGAAUUUCACUGCUGAUAAUCCAGAGGGUUGUCAAGCUUGUACAUGCCAUCUUCUGGGAACACUCAAUAAUGCUGGCUGCAAUGUCCUGACUGGAGAAUGUUCCUGCAAGCGAUUUGUGACUGGACGUGAUUGUAACCAGUGUUUGCCCCAGCACUAUGGCCUGUCUGAGCACCCAGAUGGAUGCCAGCCUUGCAGCUGUGAUCGAGGAGGUUCCCUCGAUAACAACUGUGAUGUGCUCAGUGGCCAAUGCAAGUGUCGUCCCCAUGUCACAGGUCGUCGUUGUGACACACCUGAGGAAGGAUAUUAUGUUGCAAGCCUGAAUUACCUUACAUAUGAAGCAGAACUUGCAAGGGGCUCUGAGCUUUAUUGUGAAGAGGCCAGUUUAUAUGACUUCAGGCAAUCCAGACUAAGUAACUGCCAAGUAGUGAUGAGGGAGCCCUACCGUGAUGGACGUGACACUACUUGGACAGGCCUUGGCUUCAUGCGUGUAUUUGAAGGAUCAUACUUAGAGUUUGAGAUAGAGAACAUUGAAACUAGCAUGGAGUACGACCUAGUUAUCCGCUAUGAGCCCCAGAUUAUGCUGAUUCCAAAGGCUGAAAGGCUACCCUUCUACUCUGGCUCAUCUGAACUCGAUGACCUGCGAUACGAGUUUGAGAGAUAUCGGUGCAGCGAGGGCUUCUAUGAUGGUCAGAAAGUUGAAAACAUUCCAGAAAUUUGCCGAAAAAAUCAUUUUGGCAGUAUUGGCUUUUAUGUCUAUGGUCAAGCAUUCGCUUGUCAGUGUGAUGGCACUGGCAGUUACAGCAGCAUAUGUAGCUCUAUGGGAGGUCAAUGUGACUGCAAACCAAAUGUAGUUGGUCGUCGCUGUGAUAGAUGUGCACCAGGAACAUUUGGCUUUGGCCCAGAGGGUUGCAAGCCUUGUGAUUGCAGCCCAGUUGGAGCCUUGGACAAUUUCUGUGAUCAGCAGACAGGCCAGUGCAAGUGUCGACCGAACACCUAUGGCCGACAGUGCAAUGAGUGCCAGCCAGGGUUUUGGAACUUUCCAAAUUGUCAGCGGUGUGAGUGUAAUGGUCAUGCUGAUACCUGUGACUCCUACAGUGGAAUCUGCCAUGAGUGCCGUGAUAACACCACUGGUCCAAACUGUGCCUUGUGCAUUGAAGGCUUUUAUGGAGAUCCUCGUCUGGAAGUGGGUAUUGCCUGUCGCCCAUGUCCAUGCCCAGGCACAGUGGACUCUGGACAUAGUUUUGCUGACCGCUGUACACUUGAUCCCCGUACUAAGGAUGUUAUAUGCGAAUGUGCUGAUGGAUAUGCUGGCUCGAGGUGUGAUGUAUGUGCAGAUAACUAUUUUGGAAACCCUGAAGUGCCUGGAGGUCAGUGCGAAUCUUGUGAUUGCAGUAAUAACAUUGACAUCUCACGUCCUGGGAACUGUGAUGCACGCAGUGGGGAGUGCAUACAAUGUCUCUUUAAUACCUUCGGCUUCAACUGUGAGCGAUGUCGCCCAGGUUACUAUGGAGAUGCACUUAAUCAGCAGUGCAGAGAGUGUGUCUGUAAUAUCCUUGGUACUAACCAGACUAUUGAGUUCUGUGACCAUGAGACUGGCCAGUGCCCCUGCCUUCCUAAUGUGCUUGGACUGGAGUGUGACCGCUGUGCUGCAAACCACUGGAAGAUUGCAUCAGGCAUGGGCUGCGAACCCUGUGCAUGUGACCCUGUGGGUUCCUUCUCUGAGCAGUGCAACGAGCAACAUAGCCGGACUUACAGCUCUAGGGGGACUUUUGAUGGGCAGUGUCAGUGUCGACCUGGAUUUGGUGGACGCCAGUGCAAUCAGUGCCAAACAAAUUUCUUCGGCAAUCCACGUGUUGAAUGCCUGCCUUGUAAUUGCAACCCAGAAGGUUCAGAGACUCUCCAGUGCAAUCAUGAGACAGGACAUUGUGAGUGUCGUGAGGGCAUCGGGGGUGUAAAAUGUGAUGAGUGUGCCCGAGGAUUCACCGGCAGAGCACCGUACUGUCAGACAUGUGGGGAAUGCUUUGACAACUGGGACCUUAUUUUGAAUGACUUGCGAGAGCGCACAGAAGCCCUGAUUGCAGCUGCUGGACAGAUCAAGCAGACAGGAGCAACUGGUGCUUACAGUCAUGAGUUUGAGUCAAUGGAAGAGAAGAUUGCAGACGUACAGAACAUUUUGCUAACUGCCAAUCUAACAUCACAGAAUCUUGCUUCACUCUCAAGCCUCAUUUCUGAGUUAACAGACAACCUAACUGUAGCUGCAUCAGAACUUCAAGACCUGGAGCAUGGUGUGGAUAACACUACACAGCGCAUUUCUUUGGCUACAAAUGCCCUGGCAGAUCUUCGAUUGCAAGCAGAGGAACUGAAGAAUCAAGCAGGAGACCUUAAAGAAAAAGCUACCAAGUUGCAAGAAGCUAAUGUUGAAGGUGCUCUCAACCUCACCAGGGUGGCUGGAGAAAGAUCACGAGUUGCCCAAGAGAAGGUUGAGCUUACUCAAGUCAUUGUUGGGGAGUCAAGACGCUCUCGCCGCAGGACUGAAAAUCUUCUUCUGCAUGCUUUAGAUCGUUUCAACCGCACGCAGAUUAAAAAUGCAGAGGAUUUAGCAGAAAUGACAGAUAUGUUGGAUGAAAUGUAUCGGGGCAUCCCUGAUCUUAAUGAGCAGGUGUGUGACCGAAGGGGUGAUCCUUGUGAUACUUAUUGUGGUGGAGCUGGAUGUGGAAAGUGCGGAGGGCUCUCCUGUAAUAAUGGUCUCGUAAACACCGCUGAGCUUGCCCUCAAGUUUGCAGAUGAUGCCAAGGAAAUGCUGAAGAAGAAGGAGGCUUCAGUUGAUGAGCUAUUACGAGGCAUUUCUGGGGCUAAAAGGCAGUCUGAUGUAGCCUCAGACUUGGCUCAAAUGGCCUAUGACCUGGCCUUCAGCUCCCGCAACUUAACAGAUUCAUACAAAGCAAGAAUUACUAAGCUCUUAGAAGAAAUAGAAGAAUACUUUAGCACACCUGGUGCCAAACCCCAAGAAAUUAGGGAUCUAGCUGAAGAGGUCUUGAGCAUCGUUAUCUCCCUGGAACCAGAACAGAUUACAGACCUAGCAGAGAAGAUCACACUUGCCAUUGAGACUCUAACAAAUAUUAAUGCAAUUAUUGAUGCAACUAGGAAUGAUCUAGACCUCGCAAUACAGUUGAAAGAAAGAGCUGACAGAGCCAAGAUUAAGGCUGAAGGAACUCUGGGUGUAGCAGAGCGUGUUGUAGAAGCCCUCACUGAAGCAAGUGCAGCACAGGAUGCUGCAGAACAAGCUAUUGUGCAGGCUAGUGAUGACAUUGAGGCCACCCAGACUCAUCUUACCCAGAUUGCUAGUGAGACCAGUGUAGCUCAGGCCAAAGCCAAUUCCUCACUAAGGGAGGUACAGGACCUGGAAAGGAGAGUUGAGAGUGUAAAGUUGCAGUAUAUCAUCAAUCAACAACAUCUCGAAGAUACAACUGCUGCUGUCAACCAGGCGGAUCUCAAAGCACAGCGAGCAGCCAAUGAUGCUAAACAGCUGGAAGAUAAAUACUUGAUUGUAGAGGAAAAGCUACAGAUUAAGUUCCAAGCAGCUGAAGAAGCCAGACGAAGGGCAGAAGAACUUCGAAAGAGAGCAAACAAAUUGGCAUCAGAAGCUCAAGUCAAGCUAAGUAUGCUUAAGGAGAUGGAGGUAAUAUUUGUGAAGAAUGAGGUAAUUCUUGAAGACUAUGAGGAAGAAAUUCGCAGAAUGGAAGUGAGCAUGGAGGAGUACCAUGAAUACAUAUCAAGGAAGACAGAAUUCUAUGCUACCUGUCAGUCUGGGAGACGCUGAUCUGAUUCUCAAGAGGAACCAUGUUUUGUCAGGCUCAUUGUCGAUACCAUAAAAAGUUAUUCAUCUUUUAUAAUCUUUCCUUGUUUAGAAUUCUGUGAAGUCCAGUAAGAAAAAGUUUUUUUUUUUUUUUAUAUUAUGAAAGAUUAAAGAUGUAAUUACGGAUGUAAUGGCUUUACUCCACUAUUAAAAAAGCUUCAAUAACAAAGUUUUAUCAGCUUAUGGAGCAAGAGAAUUAAAUGUUCUUGAUACUGACAAUGCCCAGAAACACUGUUAUUUAUUACCAGAUACUGCACUUCAUAAUUCCUGAAAUGAAACACUUAGGAAGCCUUUUACACUUUAAUGUACAGUCAGGGAUAUUGAAUGAAUAUAAAUUGGUUGUAUACCUGUGGCUUGUGUUUAUUUGUACUUUUUAAUUUUUUCCCUCCUUUUUUUGCAAUAGUAUUUUUCAGUUGUUGAACUGAAAAUUAUUUUUAAAAGGUAUUUGUGUAAAGUUGAUUGAACAAAACAUAAAUAUAAAUCUUCUUAAGGUCAUUGUUAGCUUCUGAUAGUCAUAAAUACAGUAUUUCAACUUUUUCAUUUGUAUCUGUCAUCAUUUACAUUUUAUUUACAAUAUAUUAUUAAAGGGAGAAUGUCUAGCAGAUAUGUUAGUUCACCCUUUAAAUAAUUUAUAUAAGGUGAAAAAACAAAAAAUCUCUACAAAUAACAGUGAAUUCCUAACAGCAGUUUAAUAAUAAUCUUCCAUAAGUAGCAGUUUUGAAUGGAAUGACAAAGAGAAUCUCUUGUGUAGUUCUUUAGAUUUGACUGUAAAUAAACAAGUAUGUAUAGAUAUUAAGACACUGCCACUCACUACCAAAGUGCCGAAACAAUCUUUGUAGCUUGGUUUUAGUUUUGUAAAAUUAACUAAUAAUUUUAGUGUGGUUACCAUUUUCUCCUUUUUAUCUUUCUCUUUUUUCAAACAAUAAUCUCUGUCUGUAUUAGGAGCUAGGUUUUGCAGCAAAGAUUGAUAUUUGUCAUAGUUGAUUUAGCUGAUGCAUCAGUAUCCUAGUCUCUUGCAACAACUCUGUAAAUAUGCAAAAAAAACUUUUGAUUUGGUAUGUUUGUGCUUAAGUAUUAGUAAAUUGUGGAUUUAGUUGAUUUUAUUAUGCUAUUUGUUUUUAUUAUCAUUGUCAUUAUUAUUAUAUUUAUUAUUGUAAUUAUUAUUGAUCAUUUUAAGAUAAUGAACUUCGGGUGCUACUAGUGUACAAACGAGAUUUUUAAAUAUGCCCAAAAUUAUCUUUUUUUGUAUGAAUUUGAUAAUAAAGUAUGUAUGGGUUAGGUUA